AUGAAGCAAAGGGAGGGCGCGGUAUCAGGUCAGCUCACCCGCGCGCUGCAAGACCGGAGCUUCAUUCUCCGCCACACAGGACCCCUUGCCAGCUUUCGCCGCCGCAUGGCACCUGACGUGGCAGAUGCCGGUUCCAGCUCAGCAGGUGGCGGAUAUGACGUGGAGCAGCCCCCUCCCGGCGUGGAGCAGGAGCCGGAGCUGGCGAGAACCUUCCAGGAAGCUGUCAAGGAGGGGGAAGAGGCGAAAGCCCAGGGGACUCAGGAGCAGCAGGUUCGGGAGCAGGCUCGGGCACAGGAGGCUCGGGAGCCGGCUCGGCGAAGCUCGAAGUUGCAAGUUCACUAUAGCGAUGAGGAUGACGUGGCAGAGGAGGACGUGCCGGAGCAUUUCACUUGGAUAGGGGAGGAGGAGGAGGAGGGGGAUGACCUGGAUACGGUUUACGAGGACGAGGAGGAGAGAGAGGAGGAGGAGAAGAAGGAGAAGGAAUGGAGGAGGCAGAAGGGGAUGAAGGAGGGGGAGGGAGGGGGCAAGGGGAAGAAGCGGCUGACUCGUCUGGCAACAAUGGCGCGGAAAGAGGCGAGCACUGAGCUGACCGUGUGGCAGUCGCUCGUGCUCACUGUGGUGAGUGUGUGGGGGGGAAGGCAGGGAUGGGGGAAGUCAGGGAGGGGUGAGGGCUGGGAUGGGGGGAGAGGUAAUCGUGCACACACAUGGUACGCGGGAGAGGAGAGCAGUGAGCUGACCGUGUGGCAGUCGCUGGUGCUCACUGUGGUGCGUUGGGGUUGGGGAUUGCCCAAGGCUUUCUUCUCAUCCACCCACCUCCUGCCCCAACUCACCCCAUACUUAACCCCACAGCAAUGCUUUUUCCAGCAGCUGUUCAACCCCAUCACCCGGUCUGACUACUACACUCUCCGGCUUGCAUUCAUUCACAAUCAGGACCUUCCUCGCGACUUUGAUUUCUACCACUACGUGGUUGGCUCCCUGGAGAAGGACUUUGUGCACAUCGUCGGCCUCAGCUUGCCGCUCUGGAUCACUCUCAUUAUUGUCAUAUGCAUCACAAGCUACAAGUGGGAUAUCUCCUUCAUCUUUUCCGUUCUCGGCCUCCUGAUCGCCCUAGCAGUGGGAACGAAGCUGGAGUACAUAGUAUCGCUGCUGGCUCUAGAGAGUGCGCAUGUGACUGGGAACUGCGAGGGCUGCCACUUAAAGCCCCGAGGCUCGCUCUUCUGGUUCAAGCGACCAACCUUCAUGCUGUCUCUGCUGCACUUCGCUCUCUUCGUUAGCUCGUAUAUGAUCGGCAACCUAGUCGUUUACUAUUAUCUGGCACUGAACCAAUCACAGUGCAAGACCUACUCGUCCUGGGUGCCUUGGCUUAAAUUCAUAUUAGGCAUCGCCACUGUGCUCAUCUGCAGUCUCAGCACGCUGCCGCUAUAUGCCCUCCUAACUCACAUGGGCGGCAAACCCAGCCACUCGGACGAAGGACGUAAGCAAGGGAAAAUAGCGGCUGUUUUCACAGAACAGAUGAAGAAAAUAAAGGAGCACAGAUCCAAGGAUGAUGUGCGAGCAUAG